CCUGCCUUCGGAAGAGGAAGUAGCGGCGUGAGCGAGAGCCGGCGGUGACCCGGGCAACAGCUGUGACCGAACGAGGGGAGGGGAAGGUGGUGGCGGCGGUUUGCUGCUACUCCUCGCCGGAGUUGGCGGUUAGAGGCGGGACCGGCAGCCGGGUACAGGAGUCAGAAUUGCUUGGAUUCAACACUGGGAGUCCCACCAUGGGCUUGUCUGCAUCUGCCCCUGCUGCUUCUACGGUUCAGACCUCUACCCCUGCUGCUUCAGAUCAUCAGACAGCAGCCCCAACGUCUGGAUGCCCAAUGCAUGAAGGGAAAGUGAAAGACUGUCCAGUGAGUGCUGAGCCGUCGGACUCAACCUGUGGGAGCAAAACGAACUCUGUGCCUGCGCACCAGGAGCGUGCCUACGAGUACGUGCAGUGUCCCAUCACCGGCGCCAAGGCCGGGAAUAAGGAGAACCUGGAUCCUUCUAACCUGAUGCCACCUCCUAAUCAGACACCAGCGCCCGACCAGCCGUUUCCACUAUCUACUGUGAGAGAGGAAUCGUCUAUUCCGAGGGCAGAUUCAGAUAAAAAGUGGGUUUAUCCUUCUGAACAGAUGUUCUGGAAUGCGAUGUUAAGGAAAGGGUGGAAAUGGAAGGAUGAGGAUAUUAGUCAGAAAGACAUGUAUAAUAUCAUUAGGAUUCACAACCAGAAUAACGAGCAAGCUUGGAAGGAGAUUUUGAAAUGGGAAGCCCUUCACGCUGCUGAGUGUCCUUGUGGUCCAUCCCUGAUCCGGUUUGGAGGCAAAGCAAAAGAGUAUUCGCCACGGGCAAGAAUUCGCUCCUGGAUGGGCAUGUUUUCAUUCCAGGUACGAGCUGCCUUUCGACAGGCACGACUGGAUCAUCGACCGUUGCGGUUCGGAAGUGAGAUAUGUCAUUGACUACUACGACGGGGGUGAGGUCAACCAAGACUACCAGUUCACCAUCCUGGACGUGCGGCCCGCGUUGGAUUCACUGUCGGCCGUAUGGGACCGGAUGAAGGUGGCCUGGUGGCGCUGGACUUCCUAAGCACUGCUUUGUCAGAAAUGAGAAAAUAGAAACGAUUUUUUUUUUCUGAGAAGUACAUUAAACUAUUUUCCCCAAACUGAA